AUGGCGUCGAUAAUGCCGUCGGUGUGGAGUCCAUGCAAGCCUCCUGUGGCUGCUGGUCCGAUUUUGGCGGCGAGCUCACCUGCGCUGGCAGAAGACAUCGGGUCUGAAACGCCUGUUUCCAAUCCAACUGUCCAGCAAUUGCUAGUGAAUGGCAGAACUCGCUCAUACGGAAAGCAGACCCCGAAGGAGGUCACCAAUUACGGAUCUGGGAUCCACUUUGUGGACAUGGCGGACAAAAAGGGAGCACAGCGAAUUCGAAAUACCAUCAACUCGCGAAAGCACCGCCAGAACAAGCUUAACAAGAUCCGAGAACUGGAGAAGAAGCUUGCGACUUGCGAAGCUGAUAUGAAGAAAUGGCAGGGAAGGGCGAACCAGAUGGGGUGGAAGGAGGAAAGCCACCAUGGUGUAUGA